AAUGCUUUCAUUAUUGAGCAUUUGAAACACUCAAAUACUAAUACAUAAAUAUAUUUAUUUUUAUUUAGAACUUUUGAAGAUUGUUUUAAAUUUAUAAAACUAUAAAAGUAAUAAUUUAAUUGUUUUAUAAUAAUUUCUUACCAUGUCGAAGAUAUUUACUCCAACUAAUCAAAUUCGUCUCACUAAUGUGGCUGUUGUUCGGAUGAAAAAAAAUGGUAAACGAUUCGAAAUAGCGUGCUAUAAGAAUAAAGUAGUUUCGUGGAGGAAUGGCAUUGAAAAAGAUAUUGAUGAGGUGUUACAAACACAUUCGGUAUUCACUAAUGUAUCCAAAGGCCAGGUGGCCAAAAAGGAAGAUUUACAAAAGAUUUUUGACACUGAUAACUCAACAGAUAUUUGCAGACAUAUAUUAGAGAAAGGAGAGUUACAGAUUUCUGAUAAAGAAAGAUCUGCUCAAUUGGAUGCGUCUUACAAAGAUAUUGCCACUAUUGUUGCAGAUAAAUGUGUUAACCCAGAAACAAAAAGACCUUAUUCUGUAACUAUGAUAGAAAAAGCAAUGAAAGAUGUACAUUAUUCAGUAAAACCGAAUAGAAAUUCAAAACAACAAGCUCUUGAAGUCAUACGUUUAAUCAAGACUGUGCUUCCACUUGAUAGAGCUAUGAUGAGGCUAAAAGUUGAAUCAUCAAGCAAAGAUGCAAAAAAAUUGAAGGAAAAAUUUGUUGCUUUAGCAUCAUCUGUAGAGUCAGAAAAUUGGGAUUCUGGAGAAAUUACUUUGAUACUACUUAUUGAUCCUGGAAACUAUAGGCAAAUAGAUGAACUUGUGAGAUCGGAUUCUAAAGGUACCACUCAAAUGGAAGUUCUUAGUUUAAAAGAAGUUGUAGAAGGAGACAGUUUUUUAGAUUAAAAGCUUUAUGCUAUUAUUUUCUGUAAAAAUUAAUCAAUUAUCAUUUAUGUAUUACUGUUAUAUAUUUUUUUGAAGAACUGAUAAUUUAUAAUUGGUUAUUUUAUUAAAUUUAAAACCAAUUAAUAAGUAUGUGUAAUGUGUAUACUGUUAAUAUAAUGCAUAAGUCAUAAAAUUUAGUAUUUAAAAAAAAAACAAUUUAACACAGUUUGAAAUGUUUGAAUUUUAUAAACUUUUUGAAUUAAGAUGACAUUUUUAGAUUUUGAAUGAAGUGAAUUGAAGAAUAUGUUUUAAUAUUACAAUUUAUUUUUCUAUUAGCUAUAAUUAAAACUUGAAAUAAUAAUCUAAAGAUUGCCGUACGAAUAAACUCAUAAGAAUUGUGAUGCAGUAAAACAUCAGUGUCACAAACAAGAAGACAAGUACCCAAAAAAUAAAACUAUGAAAGUAGUUCUAAUACACAUAUUUAUCAUUAAAGACAUUAUACUGAUAACUGACACCAUAUAGGUAUACAACUAUAUAACCUUUGUAAAGAAUUUAUUCAAAAAACAAUGUAGUUAUAAAAUACAUUUUAUACAAAAAAUUUUCCAACAAAUUUCAAAAACUGUUAAAAAUUUGGAAAUCGGGGAAUGCAAAAUAUUUGUUUAAAACCUAGUCCACUCCCAUGGUAUGGUCCGUGUUACUGUGUUAGUAAAAUCUGUUGUAGUCAGUAGGGUAGACAAUGAUUGUCUACCCAAAAAUAUCAAAUAAUUUAGUUUUAAAAAUUAGUUGUUUAUUAAAUGCUACUAUACUACAUAAGUAUUUUAUUUUUUCAUAAUUUUAUAAAUAAAAUGUUGAUUACACUGAUUCGUUUCGUCUCUACAGUGUCUGUGUGAGUAGUGAAUAAUAAAUAUAAUAUGUACAGUUUUAUUUAUAUCUUAAUCUUAUCUAUACUGUAAUUGCUGUUUCGUCGUCGCCACUCGCCGUCGGAUCGGUGAGACAUUUAGAGACAUAUUGAAUUGUGUCUCACUAUUGAUGACUUACGGGCCACGGGCGUAUGACAUGAUAAACGAGGGACGUAUUGGGGUAUUACCAAAAUUAUAUGUAUGAAAGAGAUGUCUCAACGUAAUAUUUUAAUAAUUUAAUUGCAUUCCGACUGUGGUUUAGUGCCUUAUACAGUUAUACACAUGUGUAAUGUUUUUUAUUUUUAAAUAAAUUUUAUAUAACAACA